AUGGACGAUGAUUCUACUCCCUUGGCUUCCCUCUCAGUCACACACGUCUACUAUGACCCUGAAGACUAUUUAUCCCUCGCAUGCGCCUACCUCGCUCUCCUCCCCCAAGCCCUCUGCGUCGUCUACGCCACCCUCGUCCUCUUCACCCGCGAGGUCGAAGUCGCCCUCAUGUUCCUCGGUCAGCUCGCCUGCGAAGUCCUCAACUUUGCCCUCAAGCGACUCAUCAAAGAAGAGCGUCCGCGCCGCAUACACGGCAAGGGCUACGGCAUGCCCAGCUCCCACGCACAAUUCGUCGCCUUCUGGAGCGUCUCCCUGGCGCUGUUCCUGCUCGUCCGCCACAAGCCGCCCCGCGUGCACCAGGGUCGCGCGGAUAGCAGCGUGCACCGGCCCUGGAGUGUUCUCGAGAGAGUGGCAGUGAGCGUGGCUGGGGCUGCGAUUGCAGCGGCGACGGCCUGGAGCAGGGUGUACCUAAACUACCACACCCCUAAGCAGGUUGUCGUGGGCAGUGUCGCCGGUGUGAUAAGCGCUGUUGGGUGGUUUGUGAUUGUCGCUGUUGUGAGGCAGACUGGCUGGUUGGGCUGGGCGCUAGAGACGCCUCUGGCAAGGGUGUUCAGAUUCAGGGACUUGGUGGUGGAGGAAGAUAUGUGUCAGGCGGGUUGGGAGAAGUGGGAGGAAAGAAGGGCUGUUACCCAAUCUACAAAGAAGAAUAGAUAG